CUUUACGCCACAGGGGGGCGAACAAAGCACAAACCGGAAGCAGGAAGUUACGUCAACGUCAACCUGCGAAAUUCAAACUUGUUGAACAAAACAUUCCCACUGAGGCUGGGCGUUCACUGAGUAUUUGGUCUGUUUUUCACUUAAGUCCGGGGGCACACGGACACAGGGACAAUGCCCGUGGAAAGGACGGAGCUCCGUGGAGCAGCAGAACUGGAGAAACAUUAUGAGGUGUAUGAAACCAUCGGCUCAGGUGGCUUUGCCAAAGUCAAGCUGGGUCGGCAUAUUCUAACGGGGGAGAAGGUUGCCAUCAAAAUAAUGAACAAGAAGGAUCUUGGGGAUGACCUGCCUCGCGUGAAGUUGGAGAUCGAGGCCAUGAAGAACCUGAGUCAUCAGCAUAUCUGUCGACUUUAUCACGUCAUCGAAACCUCCUCGCAGAUCUUCAUGGUGCUUGAGUACUGCCCCGGUGGAGAGCUGUUUGAUUAUAUCAUUGCAAAGGAUCGACUGCCAGAGGAAGAGACCAGAGUCUUUUUCAGGCAAAUUGUUUCCGCCCUGGCCUACGUCCACAGCCAAGGAUAUGCUCACAGAGACCUAAAACCGGAAAACCUUUUAAUUGAUGAAGACCAAAACUUGAAGCUAAUAGACUUUGGCUUGUGUGCCAAACCCAAGGGAGGAUUGAGCUAUGAGCUGAUGACGUGCUGUGGCAGCCCUGCAUAUGCUGCUCCUGAGCUCAUUCAGGGAAAAGCAUAUAUUGGAUCAGAGGCUGAUGUGUGGAGCAUGGGAGUUCUGCUGUUUGCUCUGCUGUGUGGAUACCUACCUUUUGAUGACGACAACUGCAUGGUUCUGUAUCGAAAGAUUACAAGAGGUAAAUAUGAUAAUCCAGCCUGGCUGUCUCCAGGUAGCAUCCUCCUCCUUAACCAGAUGAUGCAGGUGGACCCCAAGCGGCGCCUCACUGUCAAACAGCUGUUGAACCAUCCCUGGGUGAUGAAGGACUAUAAUAGUCCUGUCGAGUGGUUCAGCAAGCAGCCGCUUGGCCACAUAGACGAAGACUGCAUCACUGAGAUGGCAGUCUACAUGAAGAGGUCAAGAGAGAGCACUGCUGCGCUGGUGAAGGAGUGGAAGUAUGACCAGACCACAGCCACGUACCUGCUGCUGCUGUCAAAGAAGCGGGGAGGAAAGCCUGUCCGUCUGCGUCGUGAACCAGCGGCGUGUGAGGACUCUCCUCUGCACAGAGAACUGCAGAUUGGAGAGGGCCUUCACUUUGUUGAGGAUGACGACAUGGUGAUUAUCGGGUCUUUGGACUUGCGUUCAGACUACAUUGAUGACUGUCCGUGGGGUUCGGUCCCACAGUACAUACCUCACGGGGUUAAAGGUCAAGCAGAAAGAAUCACAAUCAGAGAUAAGAGAUUAGUAUCACCAUCGGCGGAAAAAAGAUGUAUUCGGAGCCCGAUGGAGGAGAGGGGGAGGAGGAGGCAAAGAGAUCAAGAGCAAAAAAGUGAGAACAAGGAGAAUGUUGCCGAGGACAAAGAAGCAGAAAUGUUUGCGCUGCCUCCCCCCCGCACCCCUGUGCCCAGUAAGAGAAACCCACGCUCCAUCAAGAAUGUGUUAACAACACCCAAUCAGAACGUCAGCGCCAACAAACCAAAUACGCCGAGAGGUGGUGACAGUGCAUCCAAGGAGCAUAAAAAGAAGACAGUAGAAAACAACGAAACAGAAAAAAUAGAAAUUUUAGCUUUUAGUCCAGAGCGAAGGUCAAGGUCGCUGGACAUGGCUGUCACAGGGGAUAGUGGGAAGAAAAAGCGAGCAGGGAAGAUGUUUGGUUCUUUGGAGAGAGGGCUGGAUAAGGUGAUCACAAUGCUCACCCCGAGUAAAAGAAAAACCCUCCGGGACGGUCCACGGAAGAUUAAGGCUCAGUAUAACGUGACUCUGACCAGCCAAACCAACCCAGACCAGGUCUUAAACCAGAUCCUCUCCAUCCUGCCAGAGAAAAACGUUGACUACACACAGAAAGGCUAUACCCUGAAGUGUCAGACCUGGGGGGACUUUGGAAAGGUGACCAUGGCGUUCGAGCUGGAGGUGUGCCUCCUGCAGAGGCUGGAAGUCGUUGGCGUACGCCGCCAACGGCUGAAAGGAGAUGCUUGGGUCUACAAGCAUCUAGUUGAGGAUAUCCUCUCCACGUCCAGUAUUUAAAGAAUGCCGAGUCUGAAUACGCCCGUGAGUGUGUUCAGAGUACGCGUCCACAGACGUUCACUAAUACUACGGAAACAUUUCUCAAAGUCUAUAGAUAUACGUUACAAUUCGCUUGUGGGUUAGGGAAUUUAAGCGUCAAAGUAAAAUGCCUUUUUUUUCAUUUCCUUUGCCAACUAUUAUACAAACAUGCCUGCUGUGUUUGAAAUAGAGCAGCACAAUUUCAGCUGAACCUCUCGGCUGCUGUUUACUGUUUUAUGUCUUGAUGAAAUUCAGCCCUUAAGGUGCAACACCUGACUGUUGAACAAAAACACAGAGUACCGCUGAUUUACUGUCUUCGCUUUGUCUUUUAUUUAUGUGUUUACAGCUCUGUAAUGAUCUUUGACACGGUUAUGUGAAGUAUUUUUAAUGUUUCUCUCUCUGUUUGUCUGUGAGCUUUUAACUAAUCUUGUAAAUUAACAAAAUAAAAGAUUUCAACUUUUAUUAGACA